UCCGCCAUAAAUACCCCUCUAAAACCCUCGCGUCGUUCUCCAACAGUAUUAGGUUUGGGCCUUCUCUCCUCCGCCGCCCCGAUGGCGAUCGCGGCCGUGGCCCGAUCCCUCGCCUCCUCAUCAUCAUCUUCCGGCUCCCGCAUCACGCUCUCUCUUACCAAGCGCUUCUUCCUCUCCUCCUCCCAGUCCGUCGUCUUUCGCCCCUCCCCCUUCGCGGGCCUCGGCCGGCUCCGCCCCUCGCCUUCCACCUUCUCCCGCCUGGCCGUCCGGCUCGCGGUGCCGGGGGCUUUCCGGGUGAACUCGAUCCGGUGCAUGGCCCGGCGGCCCGGCGACUCGGCGUACUCGCCGCUGAACUCCGGAUCAGGCGGUGGGUUCAGCGACCGGCCGCCGACGGAGAUGGCGCCGCUGUUCCCCGGGUGCGACUACGAGCACUGGCUCAUUGUCAUGGACAAGCCCGGUGGCGAAGGGGCCACCAAGCAGCAGAUGAUCGACUGCUACAUUCAAACCCUUGCUAAGGUCGUCGGAAGCGAGGAGGAAGCUAAGAAGAGGAUAUAUAAUGUGUCUUGCGAGCGCUACUUUGGGUUUGGGUGCGAAAUUGACGAAGAAACAUCAAACAAGCUUGAAGGUCUUCCUGGUGUUCUGUUUGUGCUUCCUGAUUCCUAUGUUGAUCCUGAGAACAAGGACUAUGGAGCUGAGUUGUUUGUGAAUGGAGAGAUUGUUCAAAGAUCUCCAGAAAGACAGAGGAGAGUUGAGCCUGUGCCUCAGAGAGCUCAAGAUAGGCCCAGGUACAAUGACAGAACCCGGUAUGUGAGGCGGAGGGAGAAUCAGCGGUGAGUGGUUGGAGGCUGAAGGUCUGGCUGUAUGUGAUCCGGGUCAAGAGGACACUCACCAUCCAGUUCUGAAUGUGAUCAAAGCAGGUGAAAUGCGUCAGAAUAUAUGUAGGACAUGGAUAUGCACCCUGACUUUAUGCUAUGCUUUGUGUAUCUGAAUUGCCUGUCCAUGGAUAAUUGUCUGCUGCUGGACCAUUAGUCUUUGUGCCUUGUUCAAUGUGUAAUUAGCUGAAACUUUCUGAUGACUACUGAGUUUCUAAUUGUCGCCCAAGUCUUCAUUCAUUUGUAUCUGGCAAGUGAUGAUGGUGUAACAACAUCACUGACAGAAUGGACUAAAUUAGUAAUGUUGAUAAGUUGGAGGUUUGACUACU